AUGAGGUUUUCGACACUGUCGGUCGGCCUUCUGGCCCUCCUGACGCCAUUGACGGCGGCAUGGAGCAAGGAAGACCGCGAAAUCUUCCGUAUCCGCGACGAAAUCUCGGCCCACGAGGUUGACCCCGAGGCCACGUUCUACGACAUCCUGGGCAUCCCCAAGCAGGCCUCGCAGGACAUUAUCACGCAGGCGUACCGCAAGAAGUCGCGCGAGCUUCACCCGGACAAGGUGCGCCAGCAGCUGCGCGCCCGCAAGCCCAAGGACGGCGCCAAGUCGGUCAAGGGCCCCUCGUCGUCCGAGAUCAACGCGGCCGUCAAGAAGGCGUCGGACCGGCAGGCGCGCCUGUCCCUGAUCGCGGGCAUCCUCAAGGGCCCGUCGCGCGACCGCUACGACCACUUCCUGGCCAACGGCUUCCCGCUGUGGAAGGGCACGGACUACUACUACAACCGGUACCGGCCCGGCCUGGGCACGGCCAUCACGGGCUUCCUCCUCUUCGCCGGCGGCGCCGUGCACUACCUGAUCCUGUACAUGAACUGGAAGCGGCAGAAGGAAUUCGUCGGCCGCUACGUCAAGUUUGCGCGCAACACGGCCUGGGGCGGCAACAUCCCGGGCCUGAACACGGAGCCCGCGGCUGCUGCGGCCGCGGCGCCCGAGGAGGAGGCGGAGCAGGACCCGGCCAUGCCGGUGCCGCGUAACCGCAAGGAGCGCCGCAUGAUGGAGAAGGAGACGCGCAAGGAGGAGGGCCGUCCGUCCAAGAAGAAGGACCGCAAGUCGCGCGUGGCGUCCAAGUCGUCGUCGCGAGAUGCCUCUGUUGCGCCGACCGGCAUCAAGAAGCGAGUCGUUGCGGAGAAUGGCAAGGUUCUCGUCGUCGACUCCCAGGGCGACGUCUUCCUCGAGGAGCAGGACGAGGAGGGCAACGUCCACGAGUACCUCCUUGACCCUGAGGAGUUGGCCGCGCCUACUUACAAGGACACGGCCGUCGUGCAGGUCCCUCUGUUCCUGUUCAAGGCGUCCGUAGGCCGUCUGUUGGGCAGCAAGGCCGAUGCCGAGCCCGAUGCCGAGGAGGAUGCCGCGGCAGACGACGACUCGGACGUGCCGCAGAACACGCCGAGCACGGACUCUGCAGGCGAGGACUAUGAGGUGAUCAGCAAGAGCACCGAGUCGCUUAGCAAGGCCAAGUCGAGCGGCGCAGAGCAGGGUGGCAAAGCGAGCAAGCGCAAGAACAAGAAGAGGUAG